ACAACCUCAUUUUUUAUUUAUCUAUAUCACAACAGGAUAAUAUCACACACCCAAAUUCGCAAUGAUUCCUCUAGCUAUCCUCUGGUCUGGGCUUCUUCUGCACCUUCCUUCUCCAACCAGCCCAGCGUGCUUUCUGGGUAAAGAAGCAGAGUGUCAAGAUGCCGAUUUUGCACCAGGAUCUGAUUUGGCUGGAGAGGGUUUCGACAUUACUAAGAUGCAACGCCUGGGGACUUUUGUCAUCGACAUGAGUAAGUGGGAGCUCAAGAACAACACGUGUAACCUGUGCAAAAACCCAUUCAUGCAGAACAAAAAGCAGAAGCUCCCGGUGUCUGUGGUUUUCUGGAGGGCCAACCAAAAGUGCAGCAGGUCAGUAUCCAGCUCCGUUUAUGAGUCCAGCGAGUCCCUGGUCAGCUCCAGCACCUCCUCUGUGGAGAACAACUGGAAAGCCGACCUGAAAAUAGGCAAUGUGGUGAAUGAGAUGUCGCUGAUGUUGGCUGGAACUAACUCCAAACUUGCUGAGUAUUCAAUGACGAAGACCAAAAAGGACAAGUUCAGCUUCAUCAAACAGUCUGCGUCCUGCGAAUACUACAGCUACAGGAUUGCCAGCCGCUCUCCUUUACAUCGCGAACUAAACCAUGAAUUCACAAAUCUUCCAGGGACAUAUGACAACCAAACAAAAGAAAGCUACUUGUCACUUGUUGAAAAGUUUGGCACACAUUAUAUUGUCCAGGUGAAAAUGGGUGGAGCUGUGCAAUCUGUGACCAGUGUCAAACAAUGCAUGGCUACUCUACAGGACAUCAGUAUGGAUGAGGUUAAAACAUGUCUGGACGUCGAGGCAUCUGCUAGUGCAAAGAUGAGGAUCAGUGUAGACACAGCAUACCAUCACUGUAAACAGGCCAAAGACAAAAAACUGAGCACGCACAGUUUUGCUAACAGUUUUAGUGACAGGUUAACUGAAAUCACUGGUGGCCACACUCAAGACACUGCGCUUCUCUUCUCAGCCAGCAAUGACCCUGGUGCUUACACUCAGUGGCUCUCCACAGUGCCAGAGAAACCAGAUGUGAUUUCCUUUUCACUCAAGCCCCUCCAUAUGUUGCUGCCAGUCAAGAACCCAAAACAUGAGCAAUUACGCCGAGCCAUUCGUGACUACAUACUGCAGAAGGCCCUUUGGAGGAAAUGCUCCUCACCUUGCAAGGCUGGUAUUGCAACUAACCCCAAGGAACCCUGCGUGUGCAGCUGUCAUAACAGCCCUGGAGUGAAAGCAAACUGCUGCCCAACACAGCGCGGACUUGCUCAAAUUACUGUAACUGUGACAAAGGCGACCGGUCUGUGGGGAGAUUACUUCUCACAGACUGAUGGGUAUGUUAAAGUCCUGAGAAAUCACAAGCUCUUUCUUGGGGAGACACCAGUGAUUUGGAACCAAAACUCACCAACCUGGAACUGGAAGUUUGAUCUUGGCAACUUCGUUCUCUCUCAGUUUGGGGGUCUGAGGCUAGAGGUGUGGGAUAGAGACAACAAGUGGGACGAUGACCUCCUGGGGGCGUGCAACAUUCAACUAACAGCUGGCGUAAAAAGCAACUUCUGUCCACUCAACCAUGGUUUGCUGUACUACAAGACGGAUGUAACCUGUGGUCCUAGUUUAGCUGGCUCCUCAUGCACAGACUACGUGGGCUCUCCAAUGUCUUCCCAUCUGGAGAAGACAUACAUGUCACGACAUGCCCGGCCCAUCCCGAAAGAUGUGUUGGUGGAAAUGGGGGUGCUUUUGGAUGAGCGCCGCUUUCAGUUCAGUCAGACCAGUGAUCCUAAAAGAAAAACCCAGACUUUGUGAAAGCACAAUACAAAUAUAAUUUUAAAAAAUCAAAAAUAUAAUUUUAAUAAUUAUAUAAA